AUGACCAGGUGGCACAAUCAUUUAAACCCUAGCAUCAAGAAAACGGCUUGGACAGAGGAAGAGGAUCAACUUAUUUAUCAGCUUCAUCGUCGGCUCGGCAACCGCUGGGCUGAAAUUGCUAAGUACCUCCCAGGGAGGUAAAAAUUGAAAGCUUUUAAUACAUAUUAUAUAAAUUUUAACAUUUAAUAACACGAGACGAUGAUGCAGAUAACAAGUAAUUUUAAAGUACAUUUGUGAUCAAAAUAUAAUUCAUUAGGUUUUCAAAGUUCACUAAAGAAAUUAAGUUUGUUUAAAAAGCAACACUCCUGCUCAUUUUCUUUUUAAAACCCAUAAGUAAAAUUAGUAGAAGAGCUAUUUCCUGAACUUACCAUAACAAAUUUGGGGGAAAUUGUUGUUUUGGAUUGCAGAACAGAUAAUGCAAUAAAGAAUCACUGGAACUCAACAAUGAAACGAAAA